AGGCAUCACAGGAAAGCAGUGGUCCACACGCUGCAGUUCAAGUUCACUUCACUUCACUAUGAGCAGAGAAAUAAGGGUACGAGAAAAUCAAAAAAGAGCUGGAGAGCGAGGAAGGUGGGCCAGUAAAAGAGAAUACAUCCUAGUUGUUGCAGGGAAUGUGAUCGGCCUGGGCAACGUGUGGAGAUUCCCUUAUCUCUGCUACAAGAAUGGUGGAGGAGCAUUUUUGGUGCCAUAUACUGCGUUGGCGCUGGUGUGUGGGAUCCCGUUGUUCCUGCUGGAGAGCUCAUGUGGCCAGUACACCCAGGAAGGAUUCAUCACCUGCUGGAGGAAACUGUGUCCACUGGCAGAAGGUAUUGGAUAUGGAUUUUUCAUCAUGAAGCUUUACGACUUCAGCUACAUUUUAAUCCAGGUCUGGGCUCUUUUCUACCUGGCGUUCUCGUUCCGCUCCCAGCUGCCCUGGGCCCACUGCGACAACACCUGGAACACAGUUAAUUGUCUCGGUCUUCAAAUUUCCUCAUCUAAUCUGACAAGUCAGGCAAACACCACCUCUGCCGCGACUGAAUUCUGGGAGCGGCGGAUGCUGGGAAUGUCGUCAGGGAUCGAGCAGCUGGGCAGCGUCCGCUGGGAGCUGGCGCUGUGUCUUCUGGCCUGCUGGGUCUUCUGCUACUUCUGCAUCUGGAAAGGAGUCCGAUCCUCUGGAAAGGUGGCGUAUUUCACGGCCACGUUCCCCUACGUGAUGCUGCUGAUCCUGCUCAUCAGGGGCCUGACUCUACCUGGAGCGUGGGAGGGAAUCUACUUCUACCUGUACCCAGAGGUGCACCGCCUGGCCAACCUGGAGGUCUGGUUGGAGGCUGGGUCUCAAAUCUUCUUCUCCUACAGCCUGACUAUAGGGACUCUCAAUGUUCUGAGCAGCUACAAUGACUACAACAACAACUGUUACAAGGACUGCUUCUGGCUGUGUCUGCUCAACAGCGGGACCAGCUUUGUCGCUGGCUUCGUCGUCUUCUCUGUGCUCGGCUUCAUGGCUCAGAAACAGGGCGUGAGUGUGGACAACGUAGCCGAGUCAGGUCCGGGUCUGGCCUUCAUCGCUUACCCUCAGGCCACAGCACUGAUGCCUUUGCCCCAGUUCUGGACCGUCUGCUUCUUCCUGAUGCUCAUUCUGCUCAGCGUUGACACACAUUUUGUGACAGUCGAGUGUGUCAUCACCUCUGUGAGCGACCUGUUUCCGAAGCUGUUUCGUGCGCGGAUGAGGAACGAGAUCUUUGUCCUCGUCAUCUGUUCGUCCUUCUUCCUCAUUCAUCUGAUUCUGGUCACUGAGGGAGGGAUCUAUGUGUUCCAGCUCAUUGAUUAUUACGCCUGCACCAGAGCCUGCCAGGACUUCAUGACGGUGUGUCAGUCCCUGGCAGUAUGUUGGGUUUUUGGUACUGACCGCUUCCUCAUCAUCAUCGAGGACAUGACGAGUCACAGACCACCAGCUUUCUUCAAGCUCUGCUGGAAAUACGUCGUUCCUCUGCUGACCCUGGUUUCCUUCAUCCUGUACCUGGUCGACUACAAGCAUCUCAGGAUCAACGACUCCUACGUUUACCCAGACUGGGCGUACGCGCUGGGAUGGGCCAUGAUGCUCUCCUCUGUGCUCAUGGUGCCGCUGUGGGCAGCUGGGAAGAUGUGGAGGACACCAGGGACCCUCAGAGAGCGUCUGACAAUCCUUUGCCGUCCUAUUGACGAUCCAGCCAGACCGGUGGAAAAUGGAAAGGCUGAAGACACAAGUGUGGAACUGGAGACAUUUGCAGUGGCUUCUUAACGUGGGGUCCUGAUGCUUCAUUCCUGCCGUCAUACAGGCUUUUUACAGCGAUCCCUUCAUACUAAGUGAACGUCUCCAUCACAGUGAAAAAGUGUCAUCUGAGUUAUAUUUUGCAAAUUACGCAGGUGUCACUCACUCACUUAGAAUCAUUUUUGUUUGUCCCUUCAUUCAUUUUAUAAUAUAAUACACAGCAAUGAAAUUUGCGCACCUACUCUAAGUUACAUAUAGUGGAAAUGUCUCCUUUCUGACAGUUUCAACUUAAGGACUAAAUAAUUAUAACCUCGUAGAAGUGGAAUUAAUGUCAGAGUCGCUGGAUUAGGUUGAAAUAGAUUGUACCUGCAGUAACAAUGGCCAGUGUCUGUGACGUCUGACUCAUGUCUACUGUUUUACAGUGACACCUCUAUAUUACGCCUUCUCAUAUUUGGCACAGUCUCAGCAUGAGGUGAACCUAUUAAUCCUCUGUGAGUGCGAGCGUUGGGGGUCGUCUGUCUCUAACUGCUAUGGUGACAUUUACCGUCAUAUGCGUCAUGCUACUUACAACACAUAAAGGAACUGGAAUGAAAAGAUCUCGUUUCCUCGCCGGCUUUUCAGCGCUCCUCAGAGCUCUGCUGCGUUUCCCAUUGCUCCUCACUCGAGCUGGAUGGGAUGAGUCCUCCAGCAGCGUCCUGCUUCUCCAGUCGCUUUGUACCUGACGAAGUGUGUCACUGUGACACGCAGAUCUUUAAUGUGAAGCACAAUGAUGUCAUGAUCUCAUUUUGUUUAUGAUAAAUAAAAAAAUAC